CUUUUAAAAAACUUUUUUUAGAAACAAAAAUUUAAUUUUUAUUAAAAUGGUUUUAUAUGAACUAUUAUGUAUUACAAAAGCAAAUUUAAAAAUAAAAAGCUUACGUGAACUUGUCAAAACAUCAGGAAGCACUAUAAUAAAUAAAGGAGGAAUAAUUAGAGGGUUCGAGGAUUGGGGCAAUUUAAUUUUACCAAAAAAAAAGAAAAAACACCAACAAAUACAUCAUGAAGGACGUCACUGGACUAUGUUAUUUGAUUCAAACCCACAAGCUCAACUCGAAAUAAAUAAAAUAUUAAGAUUGGAUCCAAGAGUAAUACAUUAUUCUAUUAUUAAACUAGGAAGCAAACUUCAUGAAAUUUCCGAAAAAUCAAAUUAAAUACCAUAAUAAUGCUCUUUUUUUAGAUGUUAUAUGUAAACUCAUC